UCACACAGUAUAGUCCAGGAGAAAACCCGGCUCCCUCCUGUGUGUGUUUCCUACAGAUGGAUCCAGUCAUGGGAACCCACCAGAGAGAUGUCCCCGUCCUCUGUAUUCCCGGGAUUCCACACAGGAAGGUCACACCAUCCCUCACCAUCAUCAGAGUGGAAACCUGAGAGAUCCUAAAGUUGAGGUUAAAGAAGAGAUAAAAGAGGAGGAGGAUGAGGAUGGGAGGAUGGAGGAGUCAGAGCUUCUAAAAGAACACAAAGAUUUGUACCAGGACACCAUGGUGGAGUCAUCCAGCUACAGGAACCCACCAGAGAGAUGUCCCCGUCCUCUGUAUUCCCGGGAUUCCACACAGGAAGGUCACACCAUCCCUCACCAUCAUCAGAGUGGAAUCCUCGGGGAUGAUAAUAUUGAUGUUAAAGAAGAGUAUAAAGAGGAGGAUGAGGAGUAUGGAGUGAUGGAGGAGUUUUCAGAAGGACACAAGGAUAUGAUGGAGCCACCUAAUACCAGGAACCCACCAGAGAGAUGUCCCCGUCCUCUGUAUUCCCGGGAUUCAACACAGGAAGGUCACACCAUCCCUCACCAUUACAAGGGUGAAGAUCUGAUAGAUAUAAAAGUUGAGGUGAAAGCAGAAGAAGAAGAGGCGUAUGUGAGGGAUGAUCAGCAGUCUAUGGAGGAGGAUGGAAUAACGGGGACAUUUAUAGAGGAGGACACUCCUACAGAGAUCAGCACAGUCCAUGGCCAGGAGAUGAGGAAAACCUCCGAGGAUCGUCUCACUUUGUCUCCAGACUGGAAAGUAGAAGAUGAGGACAUCACACAGUAUAGUCCAGGAGAAAACCCGGCUCCCUCCAAUGUUCAU